AUGCAGUGCCAACACCCAGCACGCUGGUGCAGCUCGCAGGCGAGGAUGAGGAGGAUGGAAAGAAGAAGGACGACACGGAUGAGGGGGAUGGAAAGAAGAAGGACGACACGGAUGAAGUGUAAUAUUCAUCUAGUUUAUUUACAACAUGUCAACUAUGUCGAGAGUCUUUAUUCCAGCUGCUUCCUGCUCUAUCGUAUUAUCUACGGGGUCACGUCGUCCUAUAGUUAGCAGAGAAGAUGAUCAUGGAAUCUUGAUAUAAUACAUCGUAGGGAUAUGGAACGUAAAAACCUACUCACACUCUAAACCACUAAAUUUUUUGAGACAUAUUAGGUUCAGGGCAGCUGGAGCUAGCUAGUUAACUAGAUAGUUUAAAGGCCAGGUAAGUCGAGCCAAGUCGCGAGUCUCAUGGAGGGCCAACUGGAGAUCUGAGCAGCUGGACCGAUGGGACCUACCUUGGUGUUUCAAGUGGGAUCUGUGUUGAGAAUUUGGCCAUUGAAGUGAGAACUUGUUCAAAUGCUGGUGAUGCGGCACCGCCUUCAGCUGCCCUGAACCUAAUACGUCUCAAAAAAUUUAGUGGUUUAAAGUGUGAGUAGGUGUUUACGUUCCAUAAGGGAACGAAGAAGAUGCUGUAAUAGCAAUGAAGUUAGUGAAUACUAGAGUUUUUAGGUAAGAAAUAUCGACUCAAUGGUACAGACAAAAGAUUCUUACUUGUGACGCAAAGGGUAAGGGUAUAGCUCUUCCCCUAUUGAAGGUGUUGCGACCACCUCUUGCUAGGCACAUUCGUUCAUUCAGUCACACAACAAAUUGCCAGUAUGACUCACCACACUCUUGCGUCAGGUCUUCGAAGGGGAAGAAGGCGAAGCGAAAGAAAGUCGAGAAGAGUGAAGAAUGCUGCUGUGGCCUAUGCGAGGAAAGUAAAGAAGAAAAAAAGCUUGGGGACCCUGAUGCAGGAAAAGAAGAUGAGUAUCUAUGUGAUCCAUUGUGAAACAAGAUCCAAAUCCCCACUGAAAUCCGAAAUCUUCUGAUCCAGUUCCGCAGCGUCAGCGUCCUACUUAGCUAACUACUUAAGUAAGCACAAGAAGGAAGAACGACCAAGACAGAACAAGAACAACACAACAAGCACGACCCAAGACGUAACAAGGACUGCUUGAUUUCCAUUUUCUUUCCUCUUGCAGGUUUGGUAUAUGUUACCUCGGUGACAUCACGUAAGACAUACUGAGAGGGUCUAAGAUAGACUCAAGCUUAGGCCGGCUUAGUAUGGUCUAUUACAAUCUAUUAAAUAGAUUCCCGUUAAUAUGUUCACUAUAAUCAGAACUACUUAUCUCUACGGGUACAACUAUGAACGGUAGCAUCUUCAAGGAUACACACAUGGCGUUGUGGUGUUGAUGGUCUAUUUCAUUUUCAAAUAUCUAAACCUCCACUCCUAUUCUUUUAAACUACAAUCUUUUUGUGGAAUAUCUGGACAACUACUAUAAUUUCAACAAAUGGUUGUGAUUGAAGGCUCUAUCGUCGAAAAAAUAAAAAAUUCAGGGAGAAUCCGAAGAAGAAGAAGAAAUCUAGCAAUUCUAUGCCUCUGUGUUGCGACGAUGAGGGCGACGUCAAAGAGCAAGAGCAGAGGGGGCAAGUCACCAAUAAUUAUGGCUCCAUUCAAAUCUUCAUCAAUGUGAAAGUAAUACAAUUUAUUGAGUUCUUAUUUUUCUCUCAUCAAAGUAUUACUUUCAUUGCCUUAUCGAGUAGUACUUUCAUUAAGUUAAUUAAUUUCUCAUCCAGCAGUAGCAGUACCACUUUCUUGAUACAUUUCUAACAGGAGUAUGCUGGUGUAUUUAUGAGGGAAAGUACGUCUAUGAUGCAACUACUUGUUGCUUACAAACAGUCAGAUAGGUCGUUCUGUUUUCUAAUUUGGGGACCUUGUCGCGCCUCAGCGGGGUGAGGUUGCAUACGAUGCUGUCAAGAAGAGAAUUUCGCGUGACGUGGAUAUUGCACAGUACUAUUUGAAUAGAUUCUUUGACCUUGGAGCUUUUGAAAACCAACAUAAUGGUGAUCCUAGUACGUUCUACACGAGAAUUCUAUCCGUAGUGACUCAUUCUCGAUAGUUUUCAACUUGGGGACAUUCGUACAUCCUCAAGUGUUUUCAAGUUAGGGAACCUUCGUUCUUCACAGGAGUACGAUCCGUAUUCAUCUCCAAAAAUUGAUGUUUUCAACUUAGGGACAUUUUUGCGGGCAAUCUGCAGCAAGCUCGUGUUGUCGCCACCAGUGGUGCAGGGAUGGGCGCAGAUCUAUACAAGGAAGCUGGAAAAACCAAGAAGCAAAUUCUGUAUGGUUCAACUUCGACACGCGCAGAGGAGAAGUACUACGCUGAACAGGAGCUAGCGAAAAAGAAAAGAGAAGAGUACUUCAUUUAUAACACAAUCUUUAAUAAUACAUAUAUUCCAUUUUUAUAAUCCUAUUCGCAUACUCCAGAUCUAUACUUUAUAAAGCAAGAAUAUCAUUAUCCUACCAGAAUAGGCUGACAAGAAACCUGACAACGAGACUUAGAUUGAAAUACUAUGACUCGUCUCGGUGUUGCUUUUAGCUUGUAUGUUGAAAGUUGCGUUCUCGUUUUCAGUGACUCUGAUCUCAUCUGGAGAAAGUUGCGCUCUCAUCUGGAAAAAUGCAGGGGGAAAAGAAUAGAGGGAUGAACUGGAAGAUGCGCAACUAAUUAAAUGUUCUGUAAUACCCCACGAAUGGGUACACUACUACUACUACUCAAAAACAAUAUCAGCGCCAGAAAAGAAAGAGAGCUCCAGGCGAAGGACGCAGAAAUGAAGAAAAAAGGACGGGAGAAGAUUGAGGUCCGGGAAGAACCGCGACAGUAAGGUCAAGGAGUGUGUAAGAACACUAUAGGAGUGUGUAAGAACACUAGGAGUGUGUAAGAACACUAGGAGUGUGUAAGAACACUAGGGGACAGUUCUCAAACAAGGAGGAACAAAAGAAGAAGUGCUGGCGUCUUAGAGACAUUACCACGUCUCAGUAGACAUCAUGUACAACUAGUUCGUAACAUGUGAGUAGAUAAUUGAUCUGUUAUAUUGACUUGAACUUGAUUUUUAGUAUGUCACAUGGAAUCUUCUCCCCAGCAGGAAUUAUUGACUCAAUUUUUGCACAAAUUAAUAGCGACUCAGAACUUACUGUUAAUGUCAUAGAAAACGCACUCAUGCUGUCUCUGAAGACUUUCAUCAACGUCAUAAACAUCCCUCGCAUUAUGUCAUAAAAAGUCCGAGAAACUACUUAAUUAUGCCCUACGUCAUCUAUGUCAUCUGUGAUCUUUUAGAUGGAACAAUGAUAUGCUUCAAAUGGAACAAAACUAUGCAUGGAGAGCAGCUUGUCGGUGUUUCGUCUAGGAAGUGGAAUGCACAGGAGCUACUUCACAUCCAUCUGAGCUAUGCCAGAAGAACAGAAAGAUUUUCUCUCCGAAGCCGAAAGCGGUGUGGCUACCUUUUUUUUUCUCUCCGAUUCCGAGGAAGAUGGUCGUGUUUCAUGCUCUGUCCUGACUGAAAAAAUCAGUGUGAGGAUAUACAUCAGAGCAUGGUAGGUAGGAUGAUGAUCUUAGC